AUGUCAGGGUCCAUGCGAGAGGCACUCAAGGCCCUCAACACCACCUUUUCUGCGCCAUCGGUUCCCUAUCCGCUGCCCGACGAGCUGCUCACAACCAUCGAGAGCUUUCUCGAGCGCUAUGACGACAUCGACGAACACGAUGCCCAGCGCUUCCACGAAGACUUCCACGACCUCUACCUUCGCCAUGUCGCAGGUCACUCGGAAAAGCACGGCGCAUUCCUAUCAGCAUUGCGCCUCUUGCGACCAGUCAUCACUGGCGAGACACGCCUGACGACAUGGUGGGAUCUGGUACUCAAGCCCACAAUAGAUGGAGUAGGACACAAGAGGCAGGAGAUUAGCGAUGCAAGCGAGUUUGUCCUGAGCAUACUGGUCUUCGAUGUGGAUACCGACACCGGUGGAGAGCAUGCCCACAUGUCAGCCCUCUUCACCAAGAAGCUGCUGGACGCCUAUCUCGCUCGCACAAACAGCCCCCUCUCUCUCGAGCACACGCUGUCCCCUGAGAAUGAAUUUGCGGUGCAUGAACUCGAGUCGCUCAUAGUGGCCUUUGGGCGCAAGAUGCCAAAGGCUCUUCUCCUUGCGCUUGACAGACUAUUCGUUCAGAAGCAACAUCGCAUCCAGGCCUUGAACCUCCUCAGUGCCUUCGUCCGACUGCAGCCACCCCACCUCUACCUCGUGCUUGAGACCGAGCUUAUUCAGCAUAUCGAAAAAUGUCUUCUCAUCGACACAUGCGCAGUCGUCAUCGAUCUUGCUCUCGUCGUUCUCAUCAUGUUCCUCCCACACAUCUGUGGUGCGCUGACUUCGGAUCACCAUCUAGAGAAGAUGUUUCUCAUUUACUGCCGAAUACUGUGCUGGGACAGGUUGGGAAUUGCCCAAGGUGCUGAGUCGGGAGAUCAGUAUGCCGAAAGCGACGGUGACGAUGAGGAGGGAAGCUAUGAUGACUCUGAGCAGGCUUGGGAGCAGUUGCAACAAUCUGCAGAUUACCAGGACUCCUCUCCGCCAACUCUGAUCCACUACUUCACCUUCCUUUACGGCUUGUUUCCUGUGAAUUUCAUGAGCUUUCUUCGAAAGCCGAGGAAGUAUUUGAAGUCGCUCAACUUUCCUGGCGCACGCGAUUUCGACCUGGACCAAGACUUGAUACACACCAGGACAGAGCCAUUUCGGAAAGUUCAUCUAUUACACCCAAACAGUUUCACUACGACUGUAGAGGAUGAGUUGAGUGAAAAUAGGUGGUCAAAGAGUGACCCCGCUGAUGUAGUUGUCGAGUGUAUGGAUCUUUGCGUAGCGGUGUCACCCACAUUACAGCAGCCGGGACCGCCACCAGCUGCUGCACUUCCGCCGGUACCGAAUAUUCCCACACGCUUUGCAUUGGAAGAAGAUGCUUCUGCGGUGCAUGAAUCAGAAGGCAGCUGGCGGGAUACGCAAUCCACGUUCUAUGCACAUGGAAGCGAUGCUGAGGCACCCGAGACUCUCGAAAUGCCAUUGAAAUCCAAGUCUAUUAAAUCAGUGAAAUCAGAGGUAUCCAUGGCAUCACCACUCCUCAAGGCUCGCGACAUGAUGGAUUCACCCACCCUGCCAGCUACAAAAGAAAGCAAGAAACAAGAUGUAGCCGUUGCACACAUUGCUACUGCCCAGCGAUUUUUCGCGCAACAGCCGAGCUUGGACAACUUUGUACACUCUGUUGCUGGUUCGAACACUCAAGCAGCUGGCGAGUUCCAGAAUCACACGAUAGCAUCGCUGCAGAGAGAAAUCAUGCUGCUACGGAACGAUCUGAACUUUGAGCGUUACCUCAAGUUGCAACACCUGACUCAUAUUGGCCAAUUACAACGAAAGCACAUCAGAGAAGCGACCGCGGAGGCCGAGACUCAGAAUCUUAUCAAUAACAACAAGACUUUGAAAGCCAGGCUUGCAAAGGCAAACGAGCUCUAUGCUCAGUUGAAGAAAGAGACCCUGACAAGCAGAAGUCAGUCAAAGAAAUGGGAGACAGAUUUGAGUGCCAAAGUACGCUCUUACAAGGAUAGCGAAAAGUCCUGGCAUAGUGACGAAGGCAGCUUGCGCUUCGAAUUACAGCGCACUAAAGCCGACUAUGAGCAACUCAAGCACAUCGUCGAGAGGGCCGAGGCCGACAAGCUGAAGGCCCAGCAACGAAGCACGGCGCUCGAAUACGAGCUUGAAGACUACAGCACCAUCCGUGAUGAGCUUCAUGCUGCCCAGGAGAAGAUUGCAGCCUGUGAAGAUCAAAGAAGAGAGUUCCACACCCUCAUGCAGGAGCGAAAUGAUCUGCGCAACGAUCUCGAAAUUGCGAAUAUGCGGCUCAACAGCCGAGAGCAAGAAAGAGAGAGAUCUAUCAAAGCCUACGAGCGACGGAUCAUGGAAUUGGAAACCCGAUUACAUGUAUCCGAAAGGAGCACUAGCAAGCCAGGACAGCUUCCUUCGUCUGUACAGCAAAUGCUUGACUCUGCGCUCGCGGCAAGUAAUGCCAAAAUGCAGCAACUCAAGAAGACUCAUUAUCGCCUAUUAGAUCAGUACACUGAGCUGCAAAUGAAGUAUUACGAUCUUGAAGGCCAACAUCAAGUGGAGGUAGGGCAGGCGUAUGCCCAAGAGAAGUCUGGUCAUGUUGAAUAUGGAAGGUCGCAGCAGGUCCAUCGGAGCUCGAGUCAGCGACAAGGCAGUACUUUUGCCUCGAAUUCGCGAUACCUCUCUCCACUCUCCACAGACAUGGAGAUCAGCGAAGAGGGUGAUUACCACCAUGAUCAGCGCCCUUCAGAUGUAAUGCUCAGCACUGGCUCAGCUGCUACACCAACUACCGCAGGCCGUCCACCUCGCUUCGACUCGCAGCAGUCUCAACAGAGACCCCAAAGAUCUCAAACUACGCCUCUGCCCUACCCUGGCUUCGGAGGCGCAAUGCAUCCAGACUUUCACGCCGCGUAUGAUACCUCACCAAACCGGGGACUCCAUCCCCAACAGCCGGGCAGUGCCCCUCAGUCCAGCGGCAAGAGCAGCUUCUCUGUCGACACCGACGGCAGCGAGGGCAAGAGUAAGAAAGAUAAAGUGGAUCCCAAGUCCGAGGUUAGGUAUUACGGUCGAGGCGGAGCGCAGAAUAUCGGGAAGAAGAAGGACAAGGAGGCCAAGAAGGCUGGUUCUUCGAAGACGGGAGGGUUCCGUGGAUUGAAGGGUAUCAUGUAA